AUGGACCCCCAACUGUCUGCCCUCCCACUGCAGCUGCAUGGCAACACUUUUCCUAUGAGCUCUGGACAUGUGCCAAAGCUGAGCUCUGGAUACAAUGAAGGAGGAGGAGGACGAGGCCAAGAAGCAGAACUUAAUCAGCAAAAUCUGACCUCCUCUGCUGGUGUCAGUUCCAGGUUGAACCCACGUGAGCAGUUCCAGAGCCCACCGGACACCGUGGGUCACUGCCAUGCCAAGGGCAAGAUGGGCAUCAAGAGCAGGAGCUGCAGUCUACUCACCAUCUGCCACUCUGGAUUAAUUUUUCCCUGGAUGAACCCACGGACAAGUGACUCAGAACAAUCUGCCAGUGCGGAGGCUGGUCCCCUGGGCCGAAGCCGAGCCAGAAACGGCGUCAAGAGGGAGAGAACGGCGUUCACCAACAGCCAGCUGCUGGAGCUGGAGAAGGAGUUUCACUUCAGCCCGUAUCUGUGUCGGCCUCGGAGGCUGGAGAUGGCCGCGGGACUGAAACUCACAGAUCGCCAGGUAAAGAUCUGGUUUCAGAACCGCAGGAUGAGGCACAAAAAGGAGCAAAAGUACGGAAAAGUGGCCGGUCUGUCUCAGUGGAACCCAUCGUCCAGGUCAUGUGACGUGCAGCUGAAGCUCCCAGGUGCAUGUGCUGUGAGAACUUCUUCAUCCCAUUCAUAUAUGCACUUCAUGGAUUGUGCUCCCAUGUCUUCCUCAUUCUGGUCUUCUCACAGUGAUGCCAGCAGCUCUCACUGCAUUCACGUUAACCCAGUGGACGUUUCCAGUCUGAACUGUCUACUUCCAUCUGUUUCAAAUGGUCCUGCAUCAUCAUGUGCAGCCGUAGAUAGUCAUCAUCAUGCUGGCAUUUCCAACUGGCCCUAGAGUAUCAUAAUAACCCUCCUGUGCUCAUCAAAACCUCAAUGAUACAUCUACUUUCACUCAUGAAAAACUGGAGGAUCUUUGAUUAGCAUUGCUGGGUUGGAACCCCCUAAACAAGCCUUUUCAACAUUCAUGAAACAUUUUAAUUAGACUAUAUGAACACGCGUUAAUUAAAGUGCUCCCAUUUUCUCAGGCAUGGUGACUGCAGGUCUUCUAACUUGCUGUUCAUGUUGUACAUAGACAGCAUGCAUGGCACACUUGACCAGUUAAUAUCUAAACAUUUCUUUGCUGCAAUUAUGUGUCUGUUACAUUUGCAUUGUUGCAUGUUAAUGCAUGUUGGAAUCUUAAGUGUGUUUUCUAUUUCCUUUUGUUGUCAGAUUAUAACUAAGUGGUUUGUAAGUGUCACAUUAGGCCUCUUUUUCAUUACUGUAAAUAGUAGUUCAUUUAUGUAAAAUGUUUUAACUGUGAAAUGGGCAGAAUAAUGU